AUGGCUGAUGAGAUUGAGGCAAAACAAAUUGCCAAACGAGAAGCUCGCAGGAGUGGGCAUUACAACAGCAUUGUUCCAAACUUGUUGGAGUGGUGGAUGCAGAAUCUAUAUUCAGGAGAUACUGUCGACAAAGCAUUGGAACGCCAUGACCGUAUCCAUACGGGUAACGCGCUUUUUAUUGCAUGGCAAGAACGUUUUCCGGGCGCUUGCAACCAACCUUGCCUGCGGUAUGACGAUCCGUUUAACAAUAACACAGGGACAGCAACUUGUGAAGAUCGUUUUGCCCGCAUUUUCACAUCGAUGAAUUUGGAUAACAGUCAAUUGACAAAGUAUCUCAUUGCCGCAUUUGACACUGAAACAAUGGAAGUGAAUCCAUCUGAAAAAAAUUGGUCUUUACGCAUCUUGGCAAUGCGGAUUUCUUUACAAAAUCCGUUUUCCUUUUUUGGUAUUGAUGAGUUUGAAGCUAAACAAGAUGACAACCAUUUCUUUUCAGGCAAACUGACCAAUCCACGUCUACGCUUGGAGCAUCCCUUGGUGGGCUUUUGGUUAAUUUGCUCCGAGUUGUUUGACUAUCCCUGGAUUAAUGAGUUUCUGUUGGAGUAUUACAACGAUCCGCCAUCCGCAAUUGUCGACGCAAUCAAACAAACAAGAAGUAGCAAGUUGGAUGUUCAACGCAAUUCCGCCAGCUUUGCAGGGGACCAGGUGCAAAACUCAAAUCGCUUUGCAUCUCUACAAAGUGACAAUGACUCGUCCGACGGUAGUGGAAUUCAAGAAUUCGACGAGGUUGAAGUGGUGGCGGUGCAACAGAAUCACCCCAAGGCGCCUGAGUUGUUGGAUGAAGAUGAAGACACUGACGCUGAUGACACUGACGACAGGGAGAACAUUGUGGACGACGCAAUGGAGGAAGACGAUGAUGAUGAACGGGUCAAUAGCAAUGGGGCUAACCCGCACAAUGAGGUCAUGGACGUCAACACUCCACAGUUGACUUCCCAUAACCUUCCGGCAACACAACACUCAGCAGGUACAGGGACCCUUCUGAAUUCUAUGGAGGAAGCCAUCAACAAUUCCCCUAAUGAAUUGAAGCUUCUUCCGAUCUCUGAUACCACAUAUAAGCAACAGAAUCUUUGGAUUCAAAACUCAAUAGAUUUACAUAAUCGCAUUUCAACUUAUUGUGCUCUGUCAACUUACUGUGAUAUGGAAUACGGGAACUGUCCCUACGCGGCAACCAACAGCAAGCCAGGCAAGAAGAAACUACGCACACGCCUUCGCGUCGUCUUCUUGUCUGAGGCUCCGGUCGAGGCCGUCCAAGACUAUCUUCAUACCGGAUUACGUCAAUUGGGGAGAGGCGCUGGGUGCUACCCUUCUCCGUUGCAGUAUGGAGAAAUUGUGAAGAUUGGAUCAUGCUCGUUUAUUCCUGCAGAAGUCAACUUCUCAGCUUAUGCAAUGGAACUGAUGAGACUAUUUGAUUCUGAAGUACCAAUUGGUAUCAAGAUGGACUGGGUUUCUAUUCCGUAUACGGGCCAAGCAAAGUACAAUAAACGGUCCCCCGGAGUGACUAGUCCACAUUGUUUCACUUGGAGGAUUCAUGCGAAGAGAGUUGAUUGCACUUUGAGGUCAAUUCUCCACCCAGCAACUGCAAAACCUGACUUUCCAUUUGCAGAGCGUGUGAAUUCUUUAUGGAUUUAG